ACGUCGAUGAAGAAGAAAACCGGAAGCGUCGUUCUUCCUCCUUCUGGCGAUAGCUGAAGCUACGUUGGUGUCAUCGUCUUAUCGGUCUGGGGUUUGACAACAGAAACAACAGCCUUAAUUUGUGUCCAACCACGAAUACCAAUUUCCACUGGGGUCUCUGGAGAGAUGAACAACAACGGGAAUAAGAGAGCUCCAACCACAGCCACCCAGCGACUUAAACAAGAUUACCUCAGGAUAAAGAAAGACCCUGUGCCUUACAUCUGUGCAGAACCUCUCCCCUCUAACAUCCUAGAAUGGCACUACGUAGUCAGAGGUCCUGAGAAAACUCCGUAUGAAGGAGGAUAUUAUCAUGGAAAACUUAUAUUUCCUCGGGAGUUUCCCUUUAAACCACCAAGUAUCUACAUGAUAACACCAAAUGGGAGAUUCAAGUGUAAUACAAGGUUAUGUUUGUCCAUCACAGACUUCCAUCCCGACACGUGGAACCCUGCAUGGUCUGUCUCCACCAUCCUCACAGGUCUGCUCAGCUUCAUGGUGGAGAAAGGUCCCACCCUCGGCAGCAUUGAAACCUCUGACUACACAAAAAGACAGCUGUCAGCCCAAAGCCUGGCCUUCAACCUCAAGGACAAAGUGUUCUGUGAGCUGUUUCCUGAUGUAGUUGAUGAGAUGAAGCAGAAACAGAAGGCCCAGGAGGAGUUAAGCUCCCGCACUCAGCCCCUCCCUUUACCUGACGUUGUGCCUGACGGAGACCCUCAGCACGCACACUAUGGCAUCCCCGCCCUCAAUGGAGGCCCCAUCCCGCACGGGGCUGCCAACCCUGCCCCUGGCUUGCAGCAGGCCAACCGCAACCAUGGACUCCUAGGUGGAGCUCUGGCCAACCUGUUUGUGAUCGUAGGCUUUGCAGCAUUUGCCUACACAGUCAAGUAUGUGCUGAGGAGCAUAGCCCAGGAGUAAGGAGUGGGUGUCACAGGGUGACGCCCCCCCUCCCCCCACAGGUGAGCCAGUUAGUGGACUCUACAUACUACAAACACACUACGUGGGGGAGGGAUGUUCAGUCCUGGGUUUAACCCCCCACGACCACGACCACCACAACCACAACCACAACCACCAUGGACUUUUUGAAGAUGGAAACUCAAACCCGACCCUCCCUGGAAGGAGAGCAGCAGGAGGAGGAGGUGGGGGAGUGGACGGGAGUGGCUGGGGGAUUGAAGGGGCUUAUUAAAAAUGGUUGUGAUCCACUCUGUGCUUCAGUGGUUUAUGUCAGCAGCAGAAACAAGCUUGGCUCAUGGGUUGUGUAAGAUGCUCUUCAGCAGGAGGUCGUUUGUUGCUUCAUGCUUAAGGCACAACUGGAAAUACUCUCCCAAGGUGAAAUAAAAUGUACUGUUGUUCUCCCACACUAACAUCAACUGAUAAAAGCUUGUUUUAAAAACAUUCAGUAGCUGUCCCUGUGCCCACCAACUCUACAAAAAUUAUGGCUCUGCAGUGGUUGCAGUUCAUAAAGACUCUUCAGGGGGGCGACCCCAUGCUGCCACAGGGCCAAAUAAAAGGAAUGCCACAAAGACCAGCUGUAUGGUUCUUAUGAUCACACUUGCAUCUGAAUAAUAGUGGUUGGCAUUGGAGUUAACUACCCUUCUUAAUUAACUACCCUUCUUUUCUAUGGAACAUCAUUAUGGAAUCAAGUUACAUUUACCUGAACCCUGCAGGUGCAGUUCAGGAACCUGUUUCUCUACUUCCAAUCCAACAGUGUCAUGGGUUACUUCACUUUGGAAAUGUGUUGAAAGUUAAAGGUGACUCAAUUAGAGGGAAGAGUUGUGACCUGAUUAUGAUUCUUGAGAGGUUAAUUUGUCGUUGGUAAAUAAGUAACAAAUAUCAUUCAGGAAAACCUUGUACAACUUGAUGUAAACCAAACAAAAAAUAAAUAAUAAUAAUAAUGCAAAAAACAACAGAGGGCAGAUGUGAGAUGAUACAAACAUUAUCAGUACUUGUGUAUUUCAUGGAUAGGGAUUAUUUUCUGCACCAAAGCUUUGACCUAAUAAUGAUUUAGUCAGUGGUGGAGAAGGUGUCUUUCCUUUAGCACGUCAUUGAAGCGUGUUUAUUUCUGUAUUACCUUUUGAAAUAGAGAUUGAAGCAUCAGAACACAAACGUGGUGUGUCCUAGCUUCUCAUCUGUGGUCAGUCUGAUGCAAGUCCAGACAUUUUUAUCCUUUCAACCCAUGAGCCAAGCAGUGAACUCCGUGUCUGCACAGACGUCACUAGAGACCAGUACCUUUCUAAAUUGGCUAAGCUGACCAGUAUAGCACAUUCUAUAUAGGUCCAAGUAAGGGGACACAUGAAGAGAACCAACAUUUCUUUUCUGUGCAUUUUUUCCCCCCUCUUUUGUUCUCAUUAUUUAUAGAAACAGCCACCGUUCGUCUGUCUUGGUUCUGAGUAAACCAUGAUUAUUUGCUGAGCACUUCAGUCAGACAGGCCUCAGCCCAGGCUCACAUAAUUGCUGAUAAUUUACUGUUGUGCAUUGCAUUUAGUACAGAUGGUUAUACUGUGUAUCUAAUGUUUCAACAGUAAUAUGGUCUGAGGCAGAGGAUUCACCUCUGUUGCUCUUUUCUUGGCAUCAUCUUAAAAAAUAAAAACUGCUGGUGAUGAGAGUGCGUUUGUGUGAUUAUAAAGCAAAUGCCCAGAUUUACAUGCUUCAAUUAUUCUUGUGUGAUAUUGUAUGUUUUCAUAGUAAAUGCAAAUAAAUGACUCUGCCUUGCAGGGCAUUUUAGCACA